AUGGAGCCAUCCACUAUAUACACAAACCCAACCUUUAAGACUUUCUAUGAUUAUGUUCACAUAGACGAGAAGUGGUUUUACUUGAAGAAAGCAAAUCUUAAAGUGUAUUUAGCACCUGGUGAAGAACACCCAUAUAGAACUGCACAAUCCAAAAAUCACAUUCCAAAAGAACCAGCAAAAAGGAGUUCUAAAAACAGAGCAAGAGGCACACCAAUCACAUAUGCAAAUCAAGGAGUGAAUAAAGAAGUAUUCAGGGAGAAAUUACUGACAAAAAUGUUGCCUGCUAUAAGACAGAAAUGGCCAGCGGACUCAGCAAAAACCAUAAUUAUUCAGGCAGACAAUGCAAACCCACAUAUUGGGGCUGGUGAUCCACAAUUUUUACAAGAGGCAAACAUUGAUGGAUUCACUUUUAUAUGGCAACCACAGUCACCCCGAAGUCCUGACCUAAACAUCUUAGAUUUGGGGUUUUUUAGGUCGAUCCAAUCCUUGUAUGAAAAAAAGAUGCCUAAAGACCUUGAUGAAAUGAUUACCGAUGUUGAAGAAGCUUUUGAUGAACUACACCCAAAAGUACUCAGCAAUGUUUGGUAUUCAUAUCAAUAUGUAAUGCAAGAAAUCAUCAAGGUCAAAGGAGGAGGAAACUACGUGCUGCCCCAUGUCAAGAAAAAACAAUUAGAGGACGCCGGAAACUUGUCUCUCCAAGUACAACCCGAUGCACAAGCAGUCAAAGAAAGCAUGCAACUUUUGUUUCCAGAAAAUGAAGGUUGA